GCUCUCAGCCUAAGUCUGGUCUCACCAAGUUCCUCUUGGCGCUGUGGAUAGAGCCGGCUCAGAGACUCAGAACUCUAUCCUCCUCCUCCUCCUCUUCACCUUUCGUUAGGGAUCCUGGGCUUUCCCCUUCUCUCUGGAAAACCAGAGCCCCAGAGCUCCUUCCCAAGGAGGGAGUGGCCUCCAGUGCGUGGGAGAGUGAAGGCCAGAGGAGGCUGCAGCUGGAGAAGGGCAGGGCCAGGGCCAAGUCUGGAAGGGAGGAACUGCCAGCUAAUGAGGGGUGAGCCGCCUGCACCCUGACUUUUGGGUCUGGGACAACAUGGGACCCACAGGUACUUCUGAGGGUCAUUGUGAGGAUUCUUAACGACAUAUCUGUGGAGUCCUCAGCAAAUACUUGGAACGUAGGAUAAAAUCAGGCCGAGGUUCACACUUUCCCUGUCAGUGUCCUGGGACCACAAGAGGAUGCUGCGAUGGCUUCUUGUCUUCUCCACUCUGGGUCUUGGGGCCUGCGGUGCUCCAACCAUCGUCUCCCGCAAGGAGUGGAGCGCGAGAUCUCUGACCUGCAGGGCCCAGCUGACCCUGCCUGUGGCCUUCGUCAUCACGGACCAGCUCAUGGGGAUGGAGUGCCAGGAGCAGAACGUCUGCAGCCAGAGACUGCGGGGCCUUCAGUCCCAUUCUGUCUACACCAAAGGCUGGUGCGACGUGGCCUACAACUUCCUGGUUGGGGAUGAUGGCAGAGUGUAUGAAGGUGUCGGCUGGAACGUCCAAGGCGUGCACACCCCAGGCUACAACAACGUCUCCCUGGGCCUUGCCUUCUUUGGGAAUAAGUUAGGCAGCAGUCCUAGCCUUGCUGCCUUAUCAGCUGCAGAGGGCCUGAUCUCCUACGCCAUCCAGAGGGGCUACCUGUCACCCAGGUAUAUUCAGCCACUUCUCUUGAAAGAAGAGAUCUGCCUGGCCACUCAACAGCCAGUGAUACCCAGGAAAGCUUGCCCCAACAUCAUCACGCGGUCAGCUUGGGAAGCCAGAGAGACACACUGCCCUAAAAUGAAUCUCCCAGCCAAAUAUGUCAUCAUCAUCCACACCUCUGGGACAACCUGCAAUGUUUCCAUGGACUGCCAGAUUCGAGUCCAAGACAUACAAUCCUUCCACAUGGACACACGGAACUUCUGUGACAUCGGGUAUCACUUCCUGGUGGGCCAGGAUGGUGGUGUGUAUGAAGGAGUCGGCUGGCAUAUCCAAGGUUCUCACACCUAUGGAUACAAUGAUAUUGCCCUAGGAAUUGCCUUCAUAGGCAACUUUGUAGAAAAGCCACCAAAUGCUGCAGCUCUGGAGGCAGCCCAGAAUCUGAUCCAGUGUGCCGUGGUCAAGGGGUACCUGAGUCCCAACUACCUGCUGGUGGGGCACAGUGAUGUUACCAAUACUCUGUCUCCUGGGAAGGCUUUGUACAACAUCAUUAAGACAUGGCCUCAUUUCAAACACUGAGGGAACCCUUGCUCCUUCCGAGGCUACUCCCCUCGCCACCCCUGUCCUCACCCUCCAUUCUGGCUCAACACCCUGUGUCCUCUCCCUGCCAGCCCCAUCAAGUUCCUCCUGUCUUGGGUUAGUAUGAUCCUCUCCUGCUGGCAUCCUCCAGCAUCCUCCAAACCCCAUAGCUGGGCAUUCCCAGCCCUCUGAGUCUGGGCCCAGCCUUCCCCUCUCCUCAUCUUCCUCUCCCCUGGGCACCCACCUCCUCAGCCAGGUGAGACUCCAGGCUGGUCCUUGUUUGACUUCUCAUUUCUUUUGCACAAGCCCCUCUCCCUGGUGUGCCUUCCCAUGCUGUCUGCCCGGCAGCCCCCAACCUCACCCAUGAGCCAGGUCAAUGCCCAGCCCCUCCUCUCUGCCCACAUGUUGACUUGUCAUAAUUUGACGCAGCCCUGAGUUCAGGGCUCAGUUUUUUUUAGACAUGUCUGUUCUCUCCGCUGGGUGUGAGAUUGUCCAGUUUUAUUCCUCUUGGUGUCCUCAGUUCCUCAGCAGUGUCUGGAAGCCUGUAGAUGCGACAGAUGUUUGUUGAAAAAAUGGAUGAAUAAAUGAAUAAGUAAAUCAA